AUGCCGCAAUUAAGCCAGGGACAAUACAAAGUGACCAAAAAAUGCCAAAAAGCUUGCGAAAGAUGUCGGGUAAUGAAGGUCAAGUGCUCCGGCUCUCAGCCUUGCACGCGUUGCGAUCGAAAGAAGCAUAGAUGCAUCUUUGCUGUUGAGGAUAAGAGGAUAUCGGUGCCGGAAAGUUACCUCCGAGAACUUCAGAACCGGAACAGUGAGCAUUCAGGCUCAGACCGCUCGACGAGGGCACUGAGCCGCGGAGACGACGUCGAGGACGUGCAGAGUCGGUAUGCGGAUGCGGAUGCGUAUGCGACGUCGCAUCACACUUCUCUUUCUCAGGGUGAAGAUAAUGCCGGACAGUUGGAGACCCCGAGCCAUGACGAGAGAAGUCUUAUUGACGCGGCCAACGUCGUAGACAGCCCACAACCGAUAGGCCCUCCGGCAUCCGAGCCGGAUACUGAGGUAGGAGAUGCUCGUUCGAAUCAGGAGGAUCACGGCGACUUUGGCCCAGGGUUCAGGCAAAACCCGCUGGUGGACAACGAUUACACCUUUGCAAAGGUCGGGGAACGAUACUGGUACAUGGGCCCAACAUCAUCAUGGUCAUUCUGCCGACGAGUUCUGGCCCUCCUGGGCAAACGCCUACCAGAAGCAGCCCCUGAUCCAUGGCAUCUCCCUCACGAGGGCGCCUUCAGGAUGCAGUGGACGCCAUUAGGUGCCACUGAGACUCCCGAUGUCUCCAACCUCCCGCCGCUUGACUACGCCCUCUUCCUCUUCAACACGGUCAAGUUCUACCUUGGCGCCGUCUUCUACGUAAUUGACGAGCCAUCCUUUCUCAAGAACCUCCAUGAGUUAUACGAGGACCCCGCGGGUAAGGCUAGCUCGGCGAGGCUGUGGUAUGCACAAUACCUCUUAGUUCUGGCGUUCGGCAAGGCAUUUGUUGUGAAUAGUAUUUCACAUACGGCACCGCCGGGGGUACAAUAUGCUGCGAGGGCCAUGUCGUUGCUGCCAGAUCUAUCAGGACUGAAUCCGGAUGCGAUUCCGGCUAUCCAGGCGCUUGCUCUGGCUGCGUUGUAUUUUCAGUGUUUGGAUAUGAGGUUGGCUGCGUAUCAACAUAUCGGACAAGCAUUACGAAUCGGCAUUGUUGAGGGCAUCUACAGACACAUGCCUGAAGAGGUUGUCGGGAUUGAGUACUCGAGACGGUGCAACAUUGUCUUCUGGGUGGUAUACACUCUAGACAGAGAGUUCUCGGCCUUGAUGGGAGCGCCAACCUCAAUUCGGGACGAAGACAUCACUGUGAAACUCCCUUCACAGAUGGACAACUCCCUCGAUGCACUGAAUAUGACCCUUCAUGUACGGCUAUCGCGGCUCAUGGCUCGUAUUCUUACAACUAUUUACGGUGUGGGCAAAGAGUUUGAUGGCUCACUAGUCCCCAAUACCCAAUCUAUCCUACGAGACCUGGCCAGGUUAUCACGAGAUCUUACCGCACUCCUCGACACUCACUUCCAAGGCUCAGUCAGCCGCGCUUCUAGAAUGGCACUGCGACUCAUCCUAUCAUAUCACCACAAGUGCGUCGUCCUGACAACUCGACCACUGGUCAUGUGCGCCCUCCACAUGCACAUCGAACACUCCGACAGCCACGCGCGACACCCACAAACAGUCUCCCUAACACCACCAGUCGCAUCCCUCCUCCAAUCCUGCGUCGACUCGGCGCAAACCGUCCUCCGAACCCUCCGCGUGCUCGGCGACGAAGACCUCCUCGAAGCCUUUCUGCCCUUCCAGCUUGAAGACGCAUUCUCCUCCGCCUUCCUCCUCUACCUCAUCCGGGUCAUCAGCCCUUCUCUCCUGCACGACGAUUCAUGGUGUGAGAAUAUCAAGUGCGUGCUAGACAAGAUGAUUUCAAAGCGGAGUCUCGUGGCGCCGCUGAGAAAGCUGGAGCUGAGUCAGUUGGAGCACAUCAUGUCUGCGCUGACGCCUGUGGGCGAGGAGCCGCCGACGCCGCCGCCGACGAGUGCGGCGCAUCACCAUUCUCAACAUCAUCAUGGGCACGGGCACGAGCAUGGGUCAUUCUUGGACCAGAUGGAGGAGGCUGGGUGGGAUAUCUUUGAUACAAGCGGGAUGGGCGGUCUUUCUCCGCAGGCGUUACUGGAUUUGGCGGAGAGGUUGGAUGUGGAGGACUUGAUACAAUCUGUUGAUGGGGAUGGACAAUGGCAACAAACGGCUCUUUGGUGGUCUAUUUUCAUGAUCUCGUCUCUGUCCCAAUCAUACGCUACUCGAGGAUUGCUCUCGGCAUAA